AUGUCUUCGGGGAAGCACGGGGGAAAGACCUUCGAACAGGCCCACACCGAUCUCUGUUAUGUCCGACAGAUGUGGAACAGAAAGGCAGUUUCGGCUUGGGUCCGCAGUUUUCAGAUGUACUGCAGGGCUCGCAGCCAGAUGACGAGCGAGUACGCCUUCAAGAUGCAGGAGAUGGGUGUCGAGGUGGACCUGGUCGGUCUACAGACUCAGGUGACAACAUCAAAUUCCAGCAGUCACAGUGCAGCCAGUCAGGAAGAGUGGAUCAAUAUCGAGGAGGAAGUGCAGACAAAGAGCGAGCCCAGAAGGACCACAAAGAGGGGAAGUUCCAAGCCACAGACAACGUCGAUGGCGACAGAAAUCAAUGCCACUCGAGUUCAGGAGCUGCGCACUCAGAUUGCCAUCCUGCAGCGAGAGUUGGCUCGCGAAGAGGACAUCCCCGAAGAGGAGGUUCCCCGGGUAGGAAAUUUUGUUGUACGUUAUGGGGAUGAGAUGUUCGACAAUUUCCAAAUGAUGGUGCCUGAGCUGCAACUGAAACUUGUGAUCUUGUGCCGAGGAACCGAAAGGAUAGCUCCCAAAAGUGGUCCCAAUUUUGAGAGCUUGGACCCUGAGAAGAAAGCUGAUUUGCGUAGGACAACGGAGGAACAGAUCCAAGUGUUUGAGAACGUUUGGUUGAACUGGGCUGGGCCUUGUAAGACUCUGUACUUGGACCCUGCUGGAGAAUACAUCAAUGAUCAAUGGCAUGAUUUUGCACAAAAAGAAGGGAUCAAACUGUCAGUCGCGGCGGGAGAAAGCCAUUGGCAGAUUGGCCGCGCUGAAUCCCAUGGACGCAUCGUGAAACAAAUGCUGACAGCCAUGGACGUAGAUGAACCCAUUUCCAAUUUUGAUCAGUUUCGGAAAAGCCUUCGACAUGUGUUUGCUGCCAAAAAUGCUUUAAGCAAUGUCAAUGGAUAUUCCCCUGAACAGGCAUUGCUGGGUAAAUCUUGUGCUGUUCCUGCAUCACUGGUAGGGGAUAAUGAAGCAGCCACACAUAGUCUGGCUGAGAGUAACUCCCCUGAAGGGAUCCUCUUCCGUGAGAGCCUACGACGGCGUGAAUGCGCCCGUAAGGCGUUUCUGACAGCUGACAACAGCAGUGCCCUCCGCCGAGCCGUUCUCCGUCGACCCCGGAAAGAGAUCACCCAGUACCAAAGUGGGGAUUGGGUGGAGCAUUUGAUCAUAGCGAAUCGAGUGUUGUUUGAAGCUAAAUCCAAACCCGUGAAUCUGAUGAUUGUUCCGAUUGCAGAAUCCAAGGUGACAUUCUGUGCCUUUUCAGAUGCCUCGUUCGAGUCUGGAAAUGGAAAACCCACAAGGCAGGGCACUUUGAUUUUCACCACGGAUGGCAAUUUAGCCAAAAAUCAGCGAACAGUGAUUUGUCCGAUGGCAUGGUCCUCACGCAAAGUUCCGAGGGUUGUGCGGAGCACACUCACUGCCGAAUCCGUGGCACUGGGAUCCACGUUGGAUCGCCUAAGUUGGUUGAGAGUGUUUUGGGAAUGGUUGAAGAACCCUGGCAUUGACUGGUCUCAGCCAGAUCAAGUUUUGAGGGGAGCUCCACAUGCGACAGUGGCCACCGAUUGUAAAUCUGUGUUUGAUUUAUCAACCAAAACCUCCACACCAUCUUGCUCAGAAUAUCGCACGACAUUGGAAUGCUUGCUCAUCAGAGAGCGCCUUCGAGAGAACUGUGGUCUGAGGUGGGUUAACAGUAGGGCCAUGUUGGCAGACUGUUUGACUAAGUCCAUGGAUGGUGAUGUUCUCAGGCAAGCUCUGAUGGUAGGACAAUAUGCUCUUUUUGAUGAGCAUGAGGUGCUCAAGGAACGGGCCGACAAGAGGAAGAAUAGUGACCUGGUGCUGUUGGAACGACAAGAGCCUGUGGUCCUGGAGGUGUUCUGGGAAGUGUUGCUGGCGGUGACGUCCGGUGCGACUGACGAUGACGUGGCUCUGCAGGGAGCCAGGACGGAGUUGGACGGAGUUGGGGUCACCGAGGUCUGGGUCGCAAAGCUUCAUAAGCUCAGGAAAUCAGAGGAAAUCGUGAAGAUUUGGAGUUUCCUGAAGGAAGCACCGCGGGACAGCAAGAUGAAUUUCCUGCAGCUGUGCAUCAAAGAGUCGUCCUCGGAAGGCAACAGCUGGUGGUUGGACCUGGGAGAUCGAGAAGUGCUUGAUGCUCUGCCAGUGGCUGGGCACGAGCAGCCUCGCCGUGCUGCGACGAGUGCUGGAGGCCUUGUGGUGCGACGCGACAGCGGCGGAGGAACUGGGGGCAGCUUGGGCGUCGUUUAG